AUGCCUUGGUCUGUUUUUAGGAAAGCCCUCCGUUUGUUCUACUCGAGGCGGUCCGAACCGGACAGUGUGGUCUACCUCUUGCAGAAACGCCUCAGGGUCAUCGGAGGCUUCGUUUUCCAAUUGCGACGGACCGAUGUCCUGUCAACACGAAACAUAUUCGACAACGCUAUUUGUUCUGACCCCAGGGAUCGUAUAUACGGCAUCAAGUCCCUACUUUUGGAGGACCAACAGAGGUUGUGCGGACAACCGGAUUAUACCAGGCCAACUGUCGACUUAUACUCGGAGUUUACGCGCAACUUUAUCAUGGGGAACCCCAACGGGCUCACAAUCCUGCGCCAUUGCGAACUGUCUCAAAUUCCAAACCGCUGGUCAGGACCGUCUUGGGUGCCUGACUGGUCAACCAGAGCAAGCUUUCACUGGGGCAAAGACACAUUCGCCUCCUCGCAGAUACAGGGGUUCUCCGCGUUCCCAGAGAUCGGGACACUGCGAGUCCUCGGUGUAUCACGAACAGUGGUGACGGAGAUACAGUCAGCACCCAAGUUUUGUUACCGCGACUGGAGCGAAGGCGUUGAGUUCCUGAGACGCGUUACUCCGCCGCAGAGCGCGACGGCGAAAUAUCCGCCUGGGGGAUCUCUAUUGCGCGCUAUUGCCAGGACUGUGCUCUGCGGCGCUAUCUCGGAAUUUGUGCAUGUCCAAGACGGCAACUAUCCCACCUCGCAAAUUGCAGAAGCAGAAGUGAAUAGAUUCGUGUCAGGAGGCGACCUCGUUGAGGACGAUUACAAGAUGGGAAGUGAUGCGCAGAGAUUCUUGAAGAGAAUGGAUUGGGGCUCAGGUGGCAACAAUUUUAUUCUUGGCACAGGUGGAUACGUAGGUGUCGCGCUUCCCUCGACCAUGCUCGCGCUGAGCCUCUCGUUGGAAGUCUUCCUGACCACAUAG